GUCACCCCGGAGGCUGGAUGGGGGGGAGCGGACUCGGCAGCAGGAAUAUUUAAAAACAAAUGAGAUCAUCUUCUAGCACAGAGUUGGGAAAACUACAGGCUAGAUGUGGCCCGUGGGACCAUCCUGCCGCCUCAGCUUGCCAUGCUGCCAGUGCUCUGGGCGGUGGCACUGCGAUCUUCUGCUGGACAGUGCUGCGGUGUGGCUGGCUCCGACCAGGUGGCACGGUUGUCAGUCCUGUUGCUCUGAGUGGCAUGGUCUGGCACUGAAGAAGAUGGCCCUCACUGAGGCCCCAUCAUUACCAGGACAGCCUGGAGUUGGCCAAGGAAAGAAGAUAGGUCAUCGAGGAGUUGAUGCUUCCGGCGAAACUACCUACAAAAAGACCACUUCGACCACUCUGAAGGGGGCCAUACAGCUGGGCAUUGGUUACACGGUGGGGAACCUGAGCUCCAAGCCAGAGAGAGAUGUCCUGAUGCAGGAUUUUUAUGUGGUGGAGAGCAUUUUCUUCCCCAGUGAAGGAAGUAACCUCACUCCAGCUCACCACUACCCUGACUUCAGGUUCAAAACCUAUGCACCCGUGGCUUUUCGGUACUUCCGGGAGCUCUUUGGAAUUCGUCCAGAUGAUUAUUUGUAUUCGUUAUGUAACGAGCCCCUGAUCGAACUGUCGAACCCUGGUGCCAGCGGCUCCCUCUUCUAUGUCACCAGUGAUGACGAGUUCAUUAUAAAAACUGUGAUGCACAAGGAAGCGGAAUUCUUACAGAAACUUCUUCCUGGCUACUACAUGAACCUGAACCAAAACCCACGGACCUUGCUGCCAAAGUUCUAUGGACUGUACUGCGUUCAGUCGGGAGGCAAGAACAUUCGGGUGGUGGUGAUGAACAAUAUCCUGCCCCGGGUGGUGAAAAUGCACCUCAAAUUUGACCUGAAAGGUUCGACCUACAAACGCCGGGCAUCCAAGAAGGAGAAGGAGAAAUCCAGCCCCACUUUCAAGGACCUGGACUUCAUGCAGGACAUGCCAGAAGGCCUAAUGCUGGACACAGACACCUUCAGUGCGCUGGUGAAAACACUGCAGCGAGACUGCUUGGUGUUGGAAAGCUUUAAAAUCAUGGACUACAGCCUGCUGCUCGGGGUGCAUAACAUAGACCAGCAAGAAAGGGAGCGGCAAACAGAGGGAGCCCAGAGCACGUCUGAUGAGAAGCGUCCCGUUGGGCAGAAGGCACUUUACUCCACAGCCAUGGAGUCCAUCCAGGGUGGGGCUGCUCGGGGGGAGUCCAUAGAUACAGAUGACACAAUGGGAGGAAUCCCAGCCGUGAAUGGCAAAGGAGAGCGCCUCCUGCUGCACGUGGGAAUAAUAGAUAUCCUUCAGUCCUACAGGUUCAUCAAGAAGCUAGAACACACUUGGAAGGCCCUUGUCCAUGAUGGGGACACGGUGUCAGUGCACAGACCCAGCUUUUACGCAGAGAGAUUCUUCAAAUUCAUGACCAACACAGUGUUCCGAAAGAAUUCCUCUCUGAAAUCGUCUCCAUCUAAGAAAGGACGUAGUGCCUUGUUAGCUGUCAAGAUGCCUGGCCCAACAGCUGCAUUUUCAGCUAGCCAGAUCCCCUCGGCGAGGGAUGAAGCCCAGUAUGAUCUCCGAGCCGCCAGGAGUUACCCCACGCUGGACGACGAAGCAGGAAGGCCAGACCUGCUACCCUGCACUCCCCCUUCCUUCGAAGAAGCAACCACAGCCUCCAUAGCAACGACGCUCUCUUCAACGUCGCUCUCUGUUCCUGAGCGGUCUCCCUCGGAGACCUCUGAGCAGCCCAGGUACAGGAGGCGCACACACUCCUCAGGGCAGGAUGGCAGGUCUCACGAGGAGGUUCGGGUUGAGGAGGAACUCCAGCAGAUAACUGUAGAGCUGGAAAGCAAAUGUGACGUUGAGAUCGUUGCUCCUGAGGAAGACAACAAAGGGGAGGCAGCUCCUUCAGCCUGUGCCAUUGCAACGGCCACAGCUACAAUCGAAGUGGAAACCGCCAGCCAGGCCUCAGAACCAGCCAGCCAGGCUUCAGAUGAAGAUGAUGUGCCAGUCGCAGACAUAUACUUUUUCACGGAUGGGAGGUACUGGAUUUACUCUCCCCGCCAGCGCAGACUCCGAGCCGCCUCGUUUUCCUCUGGGACUCCUACAGACGAGCGGAGUUGGGUUUACUCCCCCCUCCACUAUAGCACUCAAGUCCACUCUGUCUCCGAUGAGGAGAGCGAUACAUAAUCUCUAUGCAGACACUGAAGACCCAGAGAGCAGCGUUUCCCUCUGCAGGUUGAUGUGUUCCCGUUCGUUGACACAGUCCUUCUGAUGGGAUGGGGAAGAGCUUGCUGCACUGCUGGAUCUGGGCACUGCGUUUCAGGCUGGGGCGCAACACUCUCUAAACGUGUAUUUAUACCUAUCCGAGACACGGACAGCAAAGACACCUCCCACCCAGAGCGGCUGUGUAAAGCGGGCGGUAAAAAGGCCUGGGUAGUGACUGUUCCCAAACAGGCCCCACUGCAGCUACCUACCCGUGUGUGAUACUGUGAACCUUUUUAAUUUUUAAUCAUGUAUUUAUUUCUUUUAUCUUUGCACAGACACUGCACAAAUGUGCUUUUUUUUUUUAAACAUUUAGUUUACUGCACUUUUUUUGGUUAUCAUAUUCUAUUUAUGUGCUUCAUCAAGAGUGUGAAACCUCACAGGAGACGGAGAGCAAAUCUUCACUGGGGGGGCUCUGAGGAGGGCAGAUCCAGUCCUUGCUUCACUGAUGAGGGGGCCAUGUGGUCUGACCCCCAGACAACAGGACUGGGAGUCAGGAGGCCAGACUCUGUGUGACCUUGGGCAAGUCACUUUGCUGCUCUGUGCCUCGGUUUCCACAUGUGUGACUGCGGGUAAUACCCACCUGGACCCUCAGAUGAAAGGUGCUAUGUAAAUGCAAUGUAUUCAAGGCCAGUGAUGAGAGUGGCUCCUGUAUUAAAGCAGUCUGAGUUAGACAUGCCACUUGAUCUGAAUUUAGAAAUUGCCAGUGACUGCUGCAGUGAACUUGUUGAUCUGUAUGGGAGAAGCAAAAACACCCCUGGCUGUAAUGACAUGGCUUCUUGGCCUGGCUUUCGUCUGGGUGUUGGAGGUGGUGGGGGCUCUGCCUUCACCAUGAGCUGUGCUGCUCGGUGGUGGGCUGGAGUUCUGCCCUGAUCUGCUGGCAGACUGCUGCCUCAGCCAUGGGGCGUGGAAGGAGGAGAACUGUGACACCUGCAGCUGGGCAUUGCAGGCUAUUGAAGUCACUUAGAGUCAUGAACAUGCUGCUGCUCUCUGAUGCUUAAGCGUGUGAGCGUGUCAGAGGUUCCUGUGUAUCCCUUCAUAGCUGAAACCGACACGCCACCCUUCCCCCAUAUUGAAGGAAGUCAGAGAAUCCCAGCUGGAAGCGUCUGUAUUGAGCAUGUGACACACAUGCUAUUGACGCGCAGCCAGGGGAGGCCAGCUGUGGGAUGUGGCCCCUGAGUCUCUGAGGCAGAUAGCGCUGCUCUGUGCUUGAGAGGCAUCUGUAGACCAGACAAGAUUUGGCUUCACUUAACCAUGAAAUGAACAAAGCAGUGACCUGGGGUUGACUUCAAGUUCCUCCUUUGUGAGUGUAGGAUACUGCAGCUGUAGGUCCUGACUUCUCUAGUGAGCCCACCUCCUCUCUCAUGAAUUAGAACGUCUUGACCACAGAGAGGGCUUGGGCUAGUCUCUGUCUUCCUUGGACGCUAGUGUAAAGUGAGGGGCAGAGAUCACUUUUUAAUGCUGUUACGUUCUUCAGACCUCUCUUCUCAAGCUGCCCUGUGCAGCAGCAGUGAGAGGAUGGCCCCAGGCUAAGCACUGAAGAACUGGUACCGCAGUCUGGCCUGGCAGCACUCGGGGCAUAUUGGGGAGGCAGGUUGGGUCGGUGGGAGUGUCGAAGCUUUUUUCCCAGGAGCUGCCAAUGUUCUGAGGAUCUUCAGUGGAUGACUUUCUCUUCCUUUUCUAAAUACCCAGCGCCUGCGUUUUCAAUCCCUGCCCUGCGGAGGCUGAAGACUUGCACUCCCAGUGUGUGCCGGGCUUUGUAGGAGCCAUUACACUGUUGGGUCUAGAAUAUCCUUUCUUUGGAACUCAUGUGGGUUUAAAAGAACCCCUCUUCUCUCCUUAAUAGCUGUGAAAACAAAGAUGCUGUCAUUACAUCCAUGAGUCAGGUGGCGAAUCUGCUACAGAACUCUGGCAGGUUCCUAAAAGCUUUCUCAGAAUCCUACAUAGCCCCUUCUCUCAUUACAUACAGGUGGAGGUACCGUCACUUGGGUAUUUGGUGGUAUGUAGUGCUCAGCCCAGGCCCACCUGGCGGUCUUCUCUCCGAAGAGAAGGCUGGGCGAAGGAGCUUGGGAGGUGAACAAUGCAUAGACUCCGCUACUGCUGAGUGCUAAAGGCAGAAGAUUUCAGAACCCAGCUAAAUGUACAGCGCGACUUUUCAGACACACUGAGCAGCUGCCAGUCCAAAUGAAGCCAGUGGGAGCUGCAGAUGCUCAGCCCUGUGACAACCAAGCCCCCGAUUUCAACAUCAGGUAAACUAGGCUUUGGGAGGAGCAAUGAAGAUGAGCUAGGCCCAUCUCUGACCAGUAUUUCAGGGCUCUGAAAGGAAGAUGCUUCCUUCCUGGUAAUCAGAUCCUUAGCCUUAUGCCUUUAAAAGAAGAUGCUGAAGUUUGGCACUUCUGAUUGCCCAAGAAUAAAGAUCAGGAUUUUAUUACUUUCAACCAUUUGGAAGAUCUCUGAUUGGUUUAUCCAGUACACCUACUCCAGUCAGUAUCUCUGCGGCAAAGACAAAGCAUCUUUGGUGAUGAAGUUUGCAGCUGUGGCGUUUCCUUGGUCUGCUCCCACAUUAGAGGCUGAAGCCGAGAGCCCUGUCCUGCGAUGCUGGAAAACUGAACUUGCUUCCUCCAUUCCAGAAGUAUUCCUUGAUGUUCUCGAGCAGCUUCAUCUGUGUAAAUCUCUUGUUUUCAACCCUUUGCAGCAAGCAGGCAUUUUAGGGUCUAUUAUUGACUCUGAACGUCUUCUAAGGAUUCAGCUUCUCUGGACAUGCAAAAGAACAUUGCCAAAAAACCCUUCCCCGGAGCCGCACUGCAGGAAGAGAUGGUCAGAAAUAAACCAUAUUGUUCACUUGCAGUCCCAUUGUGCUCUGUUGUCUUGUCUGUUACAAGUUGCCCUGCAGGAGGCUUAAACUCCCAUUUCUAUAAUGGCAGAGGCACCUGGCUGAAGGAAGGGACCCGUCGGGUGUGUCUACAUUGCAGUUAGACACUGUGGUUGGCUCGUGCCAGGAGCUGUUUCACUGUAGUAUAGAUGUUCUGGCUUGGGUUGCAGUCCAAGCUCUGGGACCAUCCCACCUCACAGGGUCCUAGAGCCUGGGCCUCAGCUGAAGCCUGAACGUCUACACUGC